GUAAACAAUGUUUAUACUGUCAAUCCGAAUAUGUCAGCUGUUGAAGUAAGGCGGUAUUAAAUUUGGAUAUAUUUUUGUAUUCUUUUACUUUCUUUAUAUGCGAUGUUUUGUUGGUAUAAUGUCGGUUCCGUGUGAAAUGUUAUUGCAUCCUGAGCUUUUAAGUAAUGACCAAUUAAUAUGCGUCAUUCAACAGCGACAUCUUCGAGUCCCAAACAUGGAAACUAUGCGAAGGGAUGAACUAUUGGAGGUAUUCCAUAAUUAUUGCGUUCCUUAUGGCCAAAGGAAGUACAGGGAUACGGGCAGAGGCAAAUUACUAAAUAAAACGCGGCAACCGAGCCCUGAGGGCAAAAAGUUAAAUGUCAUGCAUAGUCAAGAAAGCAAACAGUCCAAAGUAAAACUAAGCUGUGAAAGACUAAAACCACCGCCAGACGUGUUCUCCAGCCACACAAAGAGAAUUAAACUAGAAACAACAAUAUCACCAAUUGCACACAAUGAUAUUUUUAAUAUCAAUAAAAGAAAAGUUGCUAUUGACCCUGCAACUCUAUCAAAUGACUGUCCACCACCCAAGAAAGAAAGGAAACCAAUAACCUGGCCAUAAAUAGUGAGGAUUUAGGUUUUUUAUUUGUUU